AUGCCCAGUCACAAGCACAUCAACAAGUACAUGCCCAGUCACAAGUACAUCAACAAGUACAUGCCCAGUCACAAGUACAUCAACAAGUACAUGCCCAGUCACAAGUACAUCAACAAGCUCAUGCCCAGUCACAAGUACAUCAACAAGUACAUGCCCAGUCACAAGUACAUCAACAAGUACAUGCCCAGUCACAAGUACAUCAACAAGUACAUGCCCAGUCACAAGUACAUCAACAAGUACAUGCCCAGUCACAAGUACAUCAACAAGCACAUGCCCAGUCACAAGCACAUCAACAAGCACAUGCCCAGUCACAAGCACAUCAACAAGCACAUGCCCAGUCACAAGUACAUCAACAAGCACAUGCCCAGUCACAAGUACAUCAACAAGCACAUGCCCAGUCACAAGUACAUCAACAAGCACAUGCCCAGUCACAAGCACAUCAACAAGCUCAUGCCCAGUCACAAGCACAUCAACAAGCACAUACCCAGUCACAAGCACAUCAACAAGCACAUGCCCAGUCACAAGCACAUCAACAAGCUCAUGCCCAGUCACAAGUACAUCAACAAGCACAUGCCCAGUCACAAGCACAUCAACAAGCACAUGCCCAGUCACAAGUACAUCAACAAGCUCAUGCCCAGUCACAAGUACAUCAACAAGUACAUGCCCAGUCACAAGCACAUCAACAAGCUCAUGCCCAGUCACAAGCACAUCAACAAGCACAUACCCAGUCACAAGCACAUCAACAAGCACAUGCCCAGUCACAAGCACAUCAACAAGCACAUGCCCAGUCACAAGCACAUCAACAAGCUCAUGCCCAGUCACAAGUACAUCAACAAGCACAUGCCCAGUCACAAGCACAUCAACAAGCACAUACCCAGUCACGGACAAGACUAA